UAACAGUAAAACUUGAUUAUUGUGAGCAUAAAAAAACGGUUGUUAGUAUUAAAAAAAACAUAAGCAUACUUUUGAGCAUUUUAACUGUGCGACCGCAAGCACCAACAAGGAAAAUAUUCAGAACCUCAUCAUUUAAAAAUGUGACCCAAUUCGUGUAAAGGAUUCGCGACGCGCGCGUUUUGAGUUAAAUGUUCAUCACGCAGCGUUUACAUAAAUCGUGUUCACAACAACAACAAUAACUUUAACACUCAUUUAUGUAAAUUUACAUACACACUUGCCUAUGUAUACAUACUUACAUACAUAUCUGUAUAUCUGCUUAAAUAUAUAAAGUGUGGCUGGCAUGGGUGCGGUACUAAACACGAGCAUUAACAAAAAGUGUAAGUUCAAAUUUCUGCGCCUCAAUGAAGCACUGAAAUUUGAAUUGUUCAAUAUAAUUGCAAUAAGUGAGGUUGUUAUAGUUUUAUGUUGCAUUCUAGUGCUCUGACAAUUUUCAAACGGAAGCCUGAGCACGUCCAACCCCCACAUAUAACCAAAAAAUAAAAACCCGACCAGCAUUCGGUUGCUCCAAUUUUGACAGCACAGCUGAUUGCCGAAGCAUCUAAAGGAAAGGCGAGGAGACAGGCAAAACCACUGAGCGAGUUGGGAGCGCAAUGUGUUUGACGCCUAUCGCGCCAACAACAAAAGCACAAGGCUCGACACACAUGUUGGCCUUCUUGGAGUGAGUCCUCAGUCAUCGUUGCCACCGUAGUCACCCAGCCGGCUGGCGCCACUUUUGCCAAAAUUAACGUGCUCCGACAUACUCGCACACACACACGUAACUUCACCUGAGGGCCAGCCAAGUUUAUUGCUUCGUAUUCCGCAACUCGUGUGUUUUCUGUGUGUGAAAAUAUGAAGCUCUGUGACAAAAUGGCCACUCCUAUUGAAGAAAAACUCGACCAAAACUUGAAGGUGCGCACCGGCAUGGUGCAUGUCAGUGAUGGCAAAAGUCGCCCGGAACCACUUAGACUGAAUUUAACAAUGGAAUUGUUGACAUUGCAAAAACUAGAGAUUGUAACCCCGACCAGUGCACAACAUGGCAAUGUUCCGCCCAUGGAAUCUAAGGAGCGCAUGGUGCAGAUAACGCGUCAGAAGCAGGGUGGCCUGGGGCUAAGCAUUAAAGGCGGCGCCGAACAUAAAUUACCAAUAUUAAUCUCGCGCAUCUACAAGGAUCAGGCAGCGGACAUCACCGGCCAGUUGUUUGUGGGUGAUGCGAUAAUAAAAGUAAAUGGCGAAUAUAUCACCGCAUGUCCGCACGAUGAUGCGGUCAACAUUCUGCGCAACGCCGGCGACAUUGUUGUCCUGACUGUCAAACAUUAUCGCGCUGCGACGCCCUUCCUGCAGAAGCAACUAACAAAGGAUACGCCCGAAUCGGACAAUGAUGUCACCUGCGCUGAACUGAAGGCCGAUGAAGGUUACAAGUCCUCGGUCAAUAGCGGCACCAUCAGUCGCAGUUGCAGUCGUCCCAUGUCCAUUUGCUCAGAGCCAGAGAAAAAGUGGACAGACGUGGUGGCAGUGCCACUGAUGAUGGCCUAUGUGACGCGCUAUAUCUAUGGCACGGACAAAUUGCGUCCUAACGCGUUUGAGGUUCGCGGACUGAACGGCGUCACCACCGGCGUCAUACACUGUGAUGAACUGGCUAUAUUGAGCCAGUGGCUUAAACUGAUUACCGACAAUGUUGUGGGACUUACACAUCUGCAGAUGAAGCUCUACAAUCGCAAUUUUGCCGUCGGCGAACGCAUCGAGUACAUGGGGUGGGUAAAUGAGGGCGUCAUCAACAACAACAUAUCGUGGCAAAGCUAUAAGCCCAGAUUUCUACUGCUCAAGGGCACCGAAGUAAUGCUCUUUGAAUCUCCGCCGCUCAACGUGGCAGGCAUCAGCAAAGCCCUGGUGGUAUACAAAGUGUACCAGACUAUGUUUCGCAUUGUCAAGGAGUCCGAGACCGUCGACAGUCGGCAGCAUUGCUUUCUGCUGCAGAGCUCCGGGCAUGAGCCACGCUAUUUGAGCGUGGAAACGCGUCAGGAACUACUCCGCAUCGAGAACAGUUGGAACGCGGCCAUUGUGACCAGUGUCAUUAAAUUGGGCCGGAAAACUUUUGCCGUUUCACAUCAUGGAAAAAGUGGAGGCCUCACACUCGACUGGCAGGCGGGAUUUUCGCUCACAGAAGGCGCCGAUUCGGCCGUGGUCUGGCAAUAUAAAUUCUCGCAGCUACGCGGCUCCAGCGACGAUGGCAAAUCAAAGUUGAAACUCCACUUUCAGGAUCACGAGACGCGCGCUAUUGAAACAAAGGAGCUCGAAUGCCAAGUGCUACAAAGUUUGCUCUUUUGCAUGCAUGCGUUUUUGACCGCAAAAGUUGCUUCAGUCGAUCCGGCAUUUUUAAGUUCCAUACAGCAGACCUAAGUGGACAGACAGCAUAGGAAGCUAAAAAUCAAAAUGAUAUUUGUAACUGUAACCAUAGCUGUAACUGUACGCUUAACAAGUGGUAUUGUAUUGUACUGUAUUUCAAAAAUAUAAACUAAGCUACUCUUGACACAGUUCAGACCUAGCAAGUAUUGCAUUUGUACUAUAUUAAAUUAGUUAAUUUUUGUUACUCAGAUCAAAG